AUGGAAGCCAUCAAAGAAGCCUUUGCAAAAUGCAAGGCCACAAACCGCAUUGCCUUGAUCACAUAUGUGACAGCUGGCUACCCGACCGUCAGCGAAACACCGGGUAUCAUGUUAUCCAUGCAAGCCGGGGGUGCAGAUAUCAUUGAACUUGGCAUUCCUUUCACAGACCAUGUCACUGAAGGCCUAACCAUCCAGCAUGCCAAUGCCAAGGCUCUCGAGAACGGCGUUCGGAUUUCACACAUUCUGCAGAUGGUCAAGUCAGCCCGUACCCAAGGUCUCGCUGUCCCCGUGCUGCUGGUAGGGUACUACAAGCCCGUGCGUGAAUAUUCCUACGGAGAGGAGAAGCUACUCCGAGACUGCAAGGCUGCUGGCGUAGACGGGCUCGUCAUUGUUGAUCUUGCUCCCGAGGACGCAGUGCAUUGCCGUGACUAUCGUACAUUCCUCUCGUUUCCCCUUCUACUCCGGAUCCUCAUAUGGAGGAUGGGAGUUAGCGGAAGCCACGAGAAGCCGUAUGGGCGUAUGGAAUACUUGGCUGAUCAUGUGAAUGCUUGCACUGGGAACUCGGUCCCGGUAGCUGUCGGAUUUGGUAUCAACACCCGACAAGAUAUUGCUGAUUUUGCUCGUUUCGCUGAAGGUAUCGUCAUCGGAAGCCCAAUCAUCUACAUCCUGGGAAACGCGGCUCCUGGAACUGGUGCUCAAAGAGUCAAAGAGUAUUGUCUUCGAGUUGCUGGACGCACUGAGGAUCAAAUUGUCAUAACAGAGAGAAGACAGCAAGCCAACCAAGCCUUGUCCUCCACUACUGUCUACCUUUCCUAUGAUGGAGCAGGCGAUACACCCGAAGACAACAACAAAGCCAACAAAGCCAUCAAUACCCACUUGGGUACCUUCAGCGGCCAAUACAUCCCAGAAUCCCUAAUGGAAGGCCUUGUCGAGCUAGAAAACGGCUUCGAGUCGGCAAACGCAGACCCAACCUUCUGGGCCGAAAUCAACUCCUACGCAACAUACGCCAAUCGACCCUCCUCCCUCCAUCUAGCCCCACGCCUAACAGCGCAUGCAGGCGGAGCACGCAUCUGGCUGAAACGGGAAGAUUUGAACCACACAGGCAGUCACAAGAUCAACAACGCCCUAGGCCAGAUAAUCCUCGCGCGACGACUCGGUAAGACCUCCAUAAUCGCCGAAACAGGAGCUGGCCAGCACGGUGUCGCAACAGCAACUCUAUGCGCGCAAUUCGGCAUGAAAUGCACUGUAUUUAUGGGAUCCGAGGACUUCGACCGCGAGCCUUUGACUGUCCUGCGCAUGCGCAUUCUCGGCGCAGCGGUUGUCCCCAUUGACGCACCGUGCAGCGGCGAAAAGGGCACCGUCCGCGAUGCAGUCAACGAGGCCUUCCGCGUCUGGGCGAUGGAGCUGGAGACUACGCAUUUUGUUAUCGGCUCGGCGUUUGGCCCGCAUCCGUAUCCGACUAUUGUUCGCACGUUCCAGGCUGUUAUUGGCAACGAGACUCGAAUUCAGUUCGGCGCCAUGAAUUAUGGUAGACUUCCUGAUGCAGUUGUUGCCUGUGUUGGUGGUGGAUCGAAUGCUGUUGGUAUGUUCUACCCAUUCCUUGGUGAUUCAUCAGUUGCUCUUGUUGGCGUUGAGGCGGGUGGUAGUCGGUCGAUGGCUGGGCAGCACUCUGCUUCGCUGGAUCGUGAGUCUGUUGGUUUGUUGUACGGCUUGCGGACUUAUUUGUCUUGGGAUGAGGACGGAGAGAAUGGCAAGACGCAUUAUGUCUCUGCUGGACUUGAUUAUCCUGGUGUUGGACCUGAGUUGUCGAGUUGGAAGGAGUCCGGUCGGGCUACCUUUGUCGGGGCAAACGAUACGGAGGUCAUACUGGCUUUUUCGUUGCUCAGUCAGCUUGAGGGAGUUAUGCCUGCACUUGAGAGUUCGCAUGCUGUUGCUGGGGCUGUGCGUGUUGCGAAGGAGUUGGGACCUGGGCGGGAUGUUGUCGUUUGUCUUAGUGGACGGGGGGAUAAGGAUGUGGAGACUGUUGCUCAUAUUAUGUCUACUCUCAGAGUUGACGAUGAUGUUUAA